AUGACCAGCCGGAGAUUCCCUUUCCGACGUUUACCCGAUGAUCUAUGUUUAAAGGUUCUCAGAACUAUGGAACACCGUGAAAUGUGA